CUCGUGUGCCUUGCUCUACAGAGUACGAAGUGGCGUACGGAUCGGCCAAGAAGGCGGCGGCGCGGUCCUCGUUACUAUACCUACGCUCGUUCUUCUGCAGGCCGCUCGGUCGUCCGCCACCGUUUAAUCUCUUCUUCAGUGCCCGCGACACGUCACAUUGCGCCCCAAUCCCCCCUUUCUCGGCAACCUAUCCUUGUGCCUGUCCUAUUGCACAGGCCCUCCUCCAUUGUGCGACGUCCUGCGAAUCGCCAAUGACCGACCCAAUCGCCAUCUCCUUCUGCUUCUCCCUUUUGUCGUUCCGUGCUUCCAUUCUCCGUUCCGGGAUCGCUCUGCCUCUCUUCUCACGACUCGUGCAAUGCCCUUGUUUAACGUAGAUGGAGAUGAGGGACCCCCGACACGACGCCCCCGACGCGCCCUCCUUCGCCGCCGCCCGCUUCGCCUCCGACGCCCGCGUCAUGCGGGUGGUGUCGUCGCGGGCCCACUCUGUUCCUGUACGUCUGUACGUAGCUGCGUGCAACCCCUGCGCGGGCAACCCUGUUCAUCUUCCAGGCUCCAUUCGCUCACUCCAGUCUGGAGUCGGGAGGGGCGAGGGGAAGGUGCGAGGUGGGUGGAUGGCGAUGGAUGGAUGGGUGGGUGAGAGAGAGUGGGAUGGAUGGUGGGCUCAGGGGAAGCGCUCGUCCGCCUGUCUGGGUCAGGACUCGGACGUUUCCAACAACAGCGAGGUGGGAACCCGCUGAUCACUCACAAACGGCAAUCACCGCUCGACGUGGUCAAUUCUCCUCCCCGCCUGCGCGCACAGUCAUUCUUAAAUCUAGACUCUCCGAGGCAUGGCUUUCAAUGUUUUCGGAAGCGCUGAAGCACGCCCUCCCUAUUCGUCAGGCGGCGUUCACGCCAUCUGAGACCCCGUAGCAGUACACACAUCUACGAACCGAUUUACGAACUACGCCGCCCCUGCAAAACCCCAUACUGGUUUACGAGCAUCAGAGCAUCACUUGGUGCGCAUGUGACCGUCGCCGCUUCUCGCAUCAUCCUGCCGCAACUAUUGGAAGGAAGCAGUCGGUCGCCUUAAUCAAGACCAGGCGGCUUCUGUGUGCCUUAGGAGCAGUGAAAGGGCCUUUCUCAAACAAACCUGCCCCGUCUGCUUCGUGGUGUGUACGUACAACGUGGUGCUGACACUCGGGCAUCUAUUGCCUCAACUAACAGGCCAUCCUUUGAUCCUGGCUGCGCAGCAAGCACCCGGCCCGACGAGACGAGGACUCAGAGUCCAACCGAUCUGGAUCGAGGCGCCCGCUCAUCUCGCAUCAGUGAGACCUCGAGGAGGGUCCCGGACUUCUGGCGAUCCUCCCGCUGUCUGGCAGCCCUGCCCCCCACUAUCGGUGUUUGUAGGUGUGGGCUUGAGGCUGGCAUCUCGGCGGCCUUGUCAACACCAAACAUCGUACUCUACCGUCGGGCUGCCUGACCCUAUCCAUUGUGCAGAAACAAGCCUUGCCCAAGCAUUACCUUGUCUCUGUCACAUCGCGAAUCGGAUCGGAUGACGCGCACGUAAUGCCACGAACGUAGGCUAUGCGCGCCUCGACGCGUCACCCUUUCCCCUACCACGGCUCCUGAAAGCCCUGUUAGUACACUCGGCAGUCGUGCCGUCCGUGCCGACAGACCCAGCUUUGAGACACGCCACGGGUGUGCCGCUUACACGGCGAGGAAGUUAAGUGCCCAACAGAUAUAAAAUGGUGCUCCAAGAGCCGCUCGCUGCGAGGCCUAUUUCAUACUUGAGCAACGAUACGGCACCAAAGGCGCUACACCCAUCGACCUACCUCAACCCCCAGCUUUUCGUGUAUCCAUCAUGACAGCUUCGAGGACAACCUUGGAGCCCCCCCGCGACGCUCGCAUUCUCGCCCGCGGCCUGCCCCUCUGGACGACUCCCACACCGACGGCUCCUUAUACUGUGAGCUAUGAACCCUUCUGCGACCGUCCCGACCCCUGCGUUAUUAUGCCCGAGGCGAUCUUGAGGGGCUUUCAAUAUAAUUGCGAAAAAGAGGGCCGCUGCGAGGAACGGAAGUACAUUGCGCCCAGAGGCGAGCACAGGGCUGUGCGGCAUUGUCGAAAUGUCUGUGAAUGUCGGGAAGUCUGGACGGUUGAUUGACGCCGCGAAGGUGAGUACCAGCCUUACUAUCAAGGAGGUAUUCAUGCAUAUAUAACACGUAGUUCGAUACAUAGUAUUGGCACCCUCGCAUGCCUCAACGGGGAACGAGUCGGUCUUGUGAACGGUGGUCGGGGGCGUGACGGUAUUCAUGGGUAGGUUCGGUGAAAUUGGCUCAGGGGGCAACAAAGCAUGCAGGGAACAUUGAUAUUCUUCACACAACGUCGUGCCCUUUCGUGCGCCUGUCAUGUAGGACUAGCCUUUACUCAGAGAUGCAGAUUCAUUACUAGUGGUUUCCCAAGGUACUUACUAUGACAUGGCAAGGAA